CUCCGCCAUGCCGACAGAUGAUUGUCAGAGUGUGCACAGUGAGUGUUCUUGUCGCUAUCAUCUUAGACAUAUGCGAAGCUGCGAAGAGACCGUCCCGUGUACUGAUUCAAGAGUUGACGUCAGGGAGCUACGACAAGAAUGAACGACCCAAUGUCGAUGGAGAUCCAACCCGGGUGGCCUUUGGACUUUUCAUCGACCACAUGGUUAUCGAUGAAAAAAAUCAAGAAAUGAUAUAUGAUGCAUACAUUCAUGAUUCUUGGAACGACACUCGGUUAGCCUGGACUCAAGACAAAGAGGAUCGUAUAAGCCUUUUCGUAGGGAAGGAAGACCGUGAUCGCAUCUGGCAUCCCGGGAUCUACCUCCCGGGCAGUACGGUCACUUUGCUUGCAGAUAACCAGGAGAAGUUGCAGGUCUACAGCAGUGGGAUGGUGAAACACGAAUCGAGGGUGACUGUAAAGAGUAAAUGUUACAUGCUGUACAGUAAAUUUCCAUUUGAUACACAGACAUGCGGAAUAACAGUAGAAUUGUUUCAAUAUACAACUGGUGACGUCGUGCUGGAGAGCAUGAUAGAACCUUCUACCUUUAUCCAGGAGGCAUUGAAAUCCAACACAUUUACCAUAAGAGAGACUAACAUCACCGACAACACAUUCAACUGCUCUUGUGAGGCGCAAACGACAUACCCCAGUCUAUUAAUCCAAUUCAAACUGAAGCGAAACGUCGGCCAGAUAACUAAGCAACUGUUCAUCCCGUCAGCCCUCCUAAUGGCCUUCCUUUACGCAAAUUUCUACCUUGGUCACGUGCUUCUGCUUCCUCGCGCUCUCUAUUUGACAGUCAUCGCAAUGCUCAUGUGCACGCAUUCAUUGGCCUUGAAGAUCAACAUGACCUUGACCUUGCCAAAUACGAAUGACCUGACAGCAUACGAUUUCUGGAUUGCCAUCUACUUUGCCUUCCUUGUCGUGACUUUGGCUGUGUACUGUGUUGUUGCCAAGCUAUGCCAUAGACCGGAUGGGGUUACGACGGAAGCGGACGCAAAGCACAUGCGCUGUGGGGAUAGCCUCGACAUGACCAUGCGGGUCCUCUACCCGGUCCUCUACUUCAUAUUCGUCAUUGCCUUCUUUGCAAACCAUCUCGUUGAGACUAAAUAUACAUUAUAAGACAUUCUUCUUUUUCAUUGGCUAGAACCUGGUCCGAUCAAGGAUAUCGUUCUUUGGUUUGUGAAAGUAGUAGCUCAUCCGUGUGCACGUAAGCGUUUGAAUUUAUAGGCUCGGAAUUCAAAGUUACAGUCUCCGAGUGAUGAUGACCUAUAUAAACGUCCGUGGCCGUCUAUAGAAACUUAACCAUAGCGACUCAGCCGAGCGUGAGUGACAUGGAUGCACUAGAAAUAACUUCAUCAUCGAACACUCUGUUUUCGUGAUCGUAGCUUUGAUUUCCAAGCGAAAGAUUGAUAAAGCUAUUUUGCAUCUAAGGCAACGAAGAGCUGUUCGAACGGUCCAAAUUAAAUGACGUCUUGUCCUGUACGUUGCUGCAAUAUUUGUGUUGUGUUUUGUAUUAGUGUAGUUCGAGGUGAAGGCGUGUAGAUCGUGUAGAUAUCUUUUGUUACUGUUAAUGUCCUUGUCCCUUGGCGAUUUCUGUAAAAAAUUAUAUUUACUUUGAA